CAGCUGUGCCCUGGGGGCAUCGAUUCACAAGGUCAAAGAAAACUGCAUAAACAGAACAGGCAGUAGAGCAUGCAAGCUGAAGCUACAGCGACAAUGGAGGCCUACAUAGAUGAAAGAUUGUGCAAAGAGUUGAUUGUGAAAAGGUUCUGAAACAUUUGCUGUGUUCAGAAGAACAAUGAUCUUCCAGUACAAUCUGAUAUUGAUGUUCCUCUGUGGCUUCGCUGCACUCUCUGUCUCAACAGAGACAUGUGGAAAAGAUCUACUAGUGGGAACGUCCUGCAUCAUGAAGCUGAGAACAAAAAACAAUGAGAAACCUUAUGAGAUAAAAUGGACCCAUGACAGAAACGGCAAAAUUCUUCACUGGAGAGAUGGGAAUAUCAAAACCAGAGCUGAAGGUGUAUUUAAGGAAGAAGAUGGAUCAUUAAGAUUUCAAAGUGUUAGUCUGAAGGACACGGGCACAUAUACAUACACUGUUACUAGUUCUGAUGGUACAGAGAUUGGCAAAGAUAACGUGGAAAUUAAAGUACAUGAAAGGGUCCCUAAACCUACAGUGAAGAUCAACUGCACCGCUGAUGGGAAUGCUGCUCUCUCCUGUGACGUGGGAAACAGUAAAGAUCCGAGUCUGACUGUAUCCUGGUAUGAAGAUGGAAAACUCAUCCAGAAUGAAAUAAAACCUCAAGUGUUCUUGUCAUCUACUCAAGUACAGGAGAAUAAAACAUACUCAUGCGAGACACACAAUCCUGUCAGCAAAGAAAAAAGUGAGAGUGUUACAGUAUCAUGUAAAAAAAUUGACCUUGGCGAUGACUCUAGCGUUGGCUCUGGCGUUGACUCUGGUGUUGACUCUGGCGUUAAAUCUGACAUUAAAUCUGGUGUUGACUCUGAUGUUGACUCUGGCGUUGACUCUGGCGUUAAAUUUGGUGUUGACUCUGGUGUUGACUUUGACUCUCCUUCAUGGAUCAUGGUGAGCAUCCUAGCCAGCGGAGGAGCCCUUCUGCUGCUGAUAAUAUGAGUUCUUGUCAUCUGAGCAUAUUGAAGCUGUCAGUGACGCAUGAAGCACCAACAAGAUCAGCAACGUCUUCAUCUCCUCUAAAAUUAUAUUAUGAGCAUUUGUAUUUUCAACAAAAGAUCAAACUGAAGCUGUAGUUGACCACAAUGUCGACAAUGUUAUAAAUUUUUGAAUGUUCCUAUAAAUGUACCUUCUUAAAAUCUGUUUUUUAAAAUUAAAGGGACAUGAUACAAUAAAACCAAAUUUUCUGAGAUUUUAA